GACGGCUAACGACUAUUGUCAAAUUGUCAUUCAGUAGCUGUUUGAGGUUAUUAUGGCACAUAAAUAAAUAAAACUAUUAUUUUCUCUAUUUGUACUACUAUGCCGCGGGACAAAAGUCGAUAUCGAGACAGGCGAAGUUCUUCAUACAGUUCUGAGUCAUCCUACGAGCGUAAAAGGUCAAAGAGCAAGCACAAACGUAGAUCUCGUUCUAGAGACCGUUCGGAGUCAAGCAGUCACAAAAGAAAACGGUCUACUUCGCGAAGUAAACAUAAAAGAAGGAGUUACACAAGGAGUUUAUCUCGAGAUAGAUACGAGUCAAAGUCUAGAAGACGAUCGUCUUCGAGAAGUCGGUCCAAGCGCGACAGAUCACGGUCACUUUCAAGUUCGCGCAGUAAAUCAAAAUAUAGUAAGAAGAAAUCUAAGAGAUCCCGCUCUUCUAGCAGCCGGAGUAGCUCCUUUGAUAUAGAGCGUCCACCCCAUACAAAGAAGGUGAACCUAGAUGACACAGAAACCAAACUGGAGAAAGCAAUCAAGGCAGCUGCUGCUGCAGGCUUGACUAUGACCAAAAUACCAACUUAUGAGUACAAGGAGGUAGAAAUCAAAGAGGAUAUGCCCACAAUACAUGACAGGAACCUCUUAGCUGAGUUGAACAGUGACUCAUUUGUACCAAAAGCCUUCACAUCUUCAAGGAAUAAGAAGCAGUCACAGAGUAUUGUAAUAGACUUGAACUCUCAGACUGUGACAGUACCAGAAACUGAUAUAAAGGUUCCAAAUGACGAUUCUGUUAUUAAUUUUGAUGAAAUACCAAGUGAAGAAGAAUUGAAAGAGAUGUGGAUACAGAAGCUCUAUCAUUAUAGAAAGAAAAUGAUUAGAGGAGAGUUGUAACAGAUUGGGAUAAGAUUGGGUUUUUCAAUUCUGGGUACAUAAACAAUAGUGUAUAAUUUAACUUUAUAAUUAAUAUAGUAAUUAAGCAAAAA